AUUUGACAGUGACAGCUGAUAGAGGUUCAUUGACAUGAGUGACAAGACAAAACAAAAUGUCUUUCGUGUUUUCAUUUAGCAAUAUUUAAAAUAUUACAAUGAUUCCUAGCUUCCAAUAGCUAUAUGAGUAUUUCUGCAAUUCCAUACAGUACAGGUUUUUUGGUUAAUUGUUUUGAGGUUAUCCCGGCCGCCAUGGAUUCUUGUAUCGGAGUUGAACAAGAUUUGGACAAAGCAUUAACUAAAUUCAAUGGUUUACACGAACACACAAACAAGUGCCUCGAGGAUGUUAUUAAACAGGUUGAAGAGCUGAGGAAAGAAAUAGCUAAUCAGUGCGCAAAUUCAGCAUUGUCACAAGAGCAGGUGGCAGGCGUGAGCGAGCUGGCGGCCUCCAUCAAGCAAAAUGUUGCAAAUCUCUCUACAGAUCACAGAGAGCUGCACGCGACGGUGUCCCGCGUGGGCAAGUCCAUCGACCGUCAUUUCAUCGCGGACUACGCGUCCGUGGCCCCCAAGGCCGAGAGCUUCUGUAAUGAUGCCAAUCGGCCUAUCAUGGAGCAGGCCAUAGCGCAACAUCUAUACCGACAGGGUCUAGAAGAAGCCGGCGACGCAUUCGUGGCCGCAUCCGGCUGCGGGCCGGUAGCCCGAGCGUGUACGUUCGCACUGCUGCAACGCUGCGCUGCCGCCUUGGCCGAGGGCGACCCUUCUGCUGCAUUAGAGUGGGCGGAACGCCAUUCGGCGGACUUACAGCACAGCCCGUUGCCUUUUACUCUACAUCGUAUGCAAGCCUUAAAGCUGGGCCGCGAGCAAGGCGUGGGCACGGCCAUAGAGUACGUGCGGCGCGUGUUCCCCGCGCACGCGGCGCGGCACGAGCGCGCGCUGCAGGCGGCGGUGUGCGCGCUCGCGUGGUGCGCGCCCGGCGCGCCGCCCCCGCCGCAGCAAUACCGCCACCUGCUCGACCCUAAGGCACUGGGCGCGGAGGCGGGCGAGCUGUUCGUGCGCGAGGCGUGCGCGCUGCUGCGCCUGGCGCCGCUGUCGCCGCUGGCCGGCGCCGUGCUGGCGGGCGCGCGCGUGCUGCCCGCGCUGCACGACCUGCGCGCCAAGAUGACGCAUCCGCACGUCGUGGCCGCCUGGGCCGACGAGGAGCUGCCGCUCGAGUUCAUAAACCUGCAGGUGGACCUCGGCGAGGACGGCGGCGGCUACCACUCGGUCUUCGCCUGCCCCAUACUUCGCCAGCAGGCUUCGGAACACAACCCUCCGAUGAGGCUGUUAUGCGGACAUGUCAUCUCGAGAGACGCGCUUAAUAAACUCGCCAUGGGCGUGAAGUUGAAAUGUCCGUACUGCCCGAUGGAGCAGUCCCCGUCGGAGGCUCGCCAGAUCUAUUUCUCCUGAACGCGCGUUGUCUCCAUAAUAAAGUAUGCAAACCACUCUUUAACCACUACUGUCUGCCUAUUUUACCAACCUGACAAUUGGAAGGAAUUUAUUGCGAAUUGGCGAAUUGUCAUUGUCAAGCGACAAAUGUCAGCAUGGUGAAAUAGGGGCUUGGUCACUAUUAGAAGUAGAACUCGAGGCUUACACGUCUAAAUUAGAACAACUCAAGUCAGUUUUACUGCCCGUAAGUCAAACUGAAUUAAAUGUCAUAUACUAAGGGGCCCGUUGCACCGAGCACAACUGACAGACUGAUCAACGUCACCCGGCGCGCCGCGGCAGUUUACUAUGAAACUUUCCAUACAAUAAAAUUUAGCGAACUCUUUAACGAUGACUAACAGUUUGAUGCAACCGACCCUAAGAAAAAGUGACCAAGGCCUCCAGUGCCCCAGGCUGGAAUCGAAUCAGCGUCCUCCGCCAUCGCGGCAGGCCGCGUAGCCAACAUGCCAAUCGCUUACGCUCCGUAGCGAUCGAAACGCAACUGUCACUGUCGCACUAAUAUGGAAGAGUGAUAGAGAGACACAAAGCGUUUCGUUGUCGUAGCGAUAGCGAUUGUCACCUUGGCUAGGCCGGCUGACGCCUGUGCCAUUCGGCCACCGGGCCACAGCGGCAUAGGUCGAAUUUUUCCAAGUAUAUGCACUUCUUACUGAAAGCUUAUGGCGCCCCCUGGCCAUCCCUAAGGUAGAACAGUUUAUAAUCUAUAUAGUAGUGUUUCUCAUGGAAAUAAAAACAAAUUAAAAUAUUUUCUGAAAAUAAGUCAUUGGAAAAUCUGUACCCCUAGUGUAAAUUUCAUUCGAUAGCGUGACGUGACGUACGCGUUUGCGUUAAGCGUCAUUUUGUAUGGGAUUUUGAGUUACCAAAACGUCCCGCUUGGCGCGCUGUUCAAAAUCCCAUACAAAAAUAGACAUAACGCAAACGCGAACGCACGUCACGCUAUCGAAUGAAAUUUACACUAGUUUCAUUAAAAGUAACACACGUUUCAUUAAAAAUAGCUAAAAUUGUCAGUAAAAUGGAUUGUAAUUGUGAGGCCAAAACUAACGUGUCGUUAGGGCUAUAAAAAUAAAGUGAGAUAGCUGCAAGACGCAUCGUUAUAGACAGCGAGUGCGAGUGAGACGGCCGGCCUAUGAUUUACGACUCUGCACGUUGAUUUUGGCCCCACAAUAGUCGUUUUUGUAAGACGCUUGACGGACGCCUUAUACGAGCUAACCUUUUGGCUGCCAUUUCUAUCUUAACAUCCUAAGGCCCAAUGUCCUACCUAUAGUACUUCUUCAGUUCGAUGAAAUUUAAAUCAUAUUCAAUUGGAAUUGGAAUCAUAUUUGAUUGGAUAGCUUUUGCUUUGUUUCGUUCAAUUUUCAAACAACGCAAUAUCAACUCUAUUUCCUAAACUUUAAAUUCAAAUUUCAGUGGCAAAUUUUGGAUUUUUCAUUUGUAUGGCGGGCCUUAGGUUAAAUCGCGCUGUAGCUAUAUAUGGAAUCUAGGAAAACAGUAAAAGAUGAGACUUGAAAUUAUGGAAAGGUAGCCAUACGAACGAAGAAAGUUAUCUAAAAAUAAUACACUCAUGGACAAAUUUAGAGGAACGCAAAAAAAAAAACCAGUAAUUAUACCUUUUUUUUGCGUUCCUCUAAAUUUAACCAUGAGUAUAAUAUGGCUUAAAUAUUUUUGUAAUCAAAUUAAACUUUGUAACUUAGCAGCGUACAUGUUUGUACCAAUUUAAGAUUUUUAUAAAAGAAGCAAUGGAGUUAGGCUCCAUUUGGCUAGAAAAUUAAAUUAAUAUUUUGGCACUGUCAUUUAGGGUAGCCAUGAAGUUAUAAUAUAGGCCAAAUUACGCUUGAAAAUAUUUUUAAUAUUUUUAAAUAUAAUAUUUUUAAGGCAAGAUGAUACGCAUACUCCCUGAGGGAUGAAACUUAUAUUUUAUGAAAGAAAAUAUGUUCCUGAACAUAAAUAAAUAGGGUUGCCUAAAGAAUAGUCAAGGCUAUUUUUAAUUAAUUUUUGAAAAAAAUAAAAUACAUCGACUUGCCUGACGAACGAAAUAAGUUCCAAUGGCCAACUUGAACAACAUGCAACGGCAUCCCACACCAUAGGGUUGAAAAAACAAAAAAAUCGUCACACACACACACAUACACACACUUUUCUUUCAUUCAAAGCGAUUAUUUCCGAAAAUAUUCACUUUCAAAAUUAAUAAAAUAUAGCCUAGACCAUAUUUCUUUAGGCAACUCUAUUUAUUAAUGUUCAGGAACAUAUUUUCUUUCAUAAAAUAUAAGUUUCGUCCGUCAGACGUAUCAGUGAAGGUCGGCCAUAUAUAACGUAUUUUUCGUAACGUAUCGGUUUUUAGCAAACCUUUGUUAAAAUUAGUCCCUUUCUAACAAACAGAAAUGUCAAAAUAACAGAUAAGGACAAAGUAUUAUCGUUUAUGAAUAUCGCUAGAAAUCAUUAUGGUGUAGUUUAAACUAUUGCAUGGAGUGUUUCAUAUUCAUACAAAUUAUUAUUUUAUAUUAAUACGUCCACUUAAAGUGGGUGAACAUUAACAUCAAAACACGUUGCAAUAUGGCUUCUAAUAGAUUUGCCAAAAUAAAAAGUCAUGAGAUUUUUAAAUGCCUAAAAUAACAGACAUAUAUAAUAGACAGUCAUAGACCUUUUAACCGCUGACCAUGAGUCCUUGAAUAACAAAAUGAUUAGACAUGAUUUUCCGUCGGAGUGAAUAGUAUUUUUGCGCUAUUUGUACUGUUCGUGUGGUAAAAUGAUGAAAUCAAAUUAUUAUUAUUAUACAUCGGAUCGGAUUUGUUAGUGAUUUAACUAUGAAUCGCGCCGAAACUAAAUAUGUAUAGAGAAGAUGAAUGCUUAAAGCCAAUUAAACGUUAAUAACUGAGACUAGUUUAACUGUAAGAUAUUAUACUAUGUGGUAAUAAUAGUUAUUUGUUUUUUUUUUAUUAUAUGAAAAUGAUGGUAGCAAUGAAAGCGAACAGUUUAGAAAAAUAGGUAUAUGCAAGUGUGCACUGGAUUUUAUUUGAGACGAAAUAAGGCCGAGUUUACAUUUAGCGUAUAAACAAUUUAUAAACGAUUUUUUAAAUAGACGGAUUUAAGUUUGAUAUACAGUAAGGUUGUGGAAUUAUAUCUAGACAUUUUAUUGUAAUGCAGCAAAUGUACGUAGAGAAGCGAAAAUAAAAUAUUGAUACCUACUCGAA